AGUGAAUGUCAAUGUCAAACAAAUGUCACCAGAAACAGCUGAUUGCCGAUUCGACUUCGAGGAUUUCAAUCAAUUAUGCAUGAUUAUUGAGUGAAAAUGAAUUCGUCGUUGCUAACACGCUUGUUCUCUUCGCAACUGUAUGUGCUGCAUAAAAGGAUCCACACAAAAACUCCUCGUGUAAGGUUUGCACCGAGCCCGACUGGCUAUUUACAUCUCGGCGGCUUAAGAACAGCACUAUACAAUUAUUUAUUUGCAAAAUCACGCAAUGGGACAUUUAUACUGCGGAUAGAAGAUACAGAUCAGACGAGAAAAGUUGAAGGAUCUAUAGAUACCCUGGUAGCUGAUUUGGAAUGGGCUGGUAUUGAGUGCCAUGAGGGACCUAAGCAUGGAGGUAUGUUUGGUCCUUACGUACAGAGCGAAAGAUUACAUAUAUACCAGGAUUACAUGAAUAAAUUGUUAGACAAUGGAUCAGCAUACAAAUGUUUUUGCACUGAGAGGCGUUUGAAUUUACUGCGUAGAGAUGCUGUAAGAUCUCAACUGACACCUAAAUAUGAUAACCGCUGUCGAAAUUUGACAGCAGCAGAGAUUAAAGAGAAGAUCAACAAUGGUACGCCUUACUGUGUAAGAUUUAAGUUAUCUUCAGACUGUUCAUCAUUUGAAGACCUGAUCUUCGGUGGGAUCGCUUAUGAUGUAUCUCUGAAUGAAGGCGACCCAGUUCUGAUGAAGAGUGAUGGGUUUCCGACAUACCACUUUGCCAACGUGGUGGAUGAUUAUCUCAUGAAUAUAACACACGUUCUCAGGGGAGUGGAAUGGCAAAUAUCUACCACAAAACAUCUACUAAUUUAUAAGGCUUUUGGUUGGUCACCACCACAGUAUGGACAUCUCCCUCUAAUCGUAAACUCUGAUGGGACGAAGCUCAGCAAAAGACAGAGUGAUGUGAAAGUAGAAGAUUAUAGGAAUAAUGGUAUAUUGCCUUUAGCGUUAGUGAAUUAUAUAACUUUGUCUGGUGGUGGAUUCGAUCACGUGCCAGGGGCCGGGGUAAGGCUCAAAACAAUGGAUCAACUAGCUGAAGAGUUUCAGAUCGAAAGAAUCUCUUCACAUCCUAGUCGUUUAAACCCAGAUCUUCUACAAGAGUGCAACAGAUUAGACAUAAAACGUAUGAUGAGUAGUUCAGAAAGAACUCGAUUAGUAACUAAACUACAGGAGCUCGUCAAACAAACAUAUCCAGAACAGAGUCUUAAUGUAACCGAUGAACAUGUUAACAGUGUAUUGAAUUGGGCAAUAACCAGGAUAACGAGGAUCGAAGAUUUAGUGUCCCCCAAAUUUGGGUUCCUUUGGAUAUUGCCUUCGCGUAACCAGGAAGAUAUCAAUGUCGAUUUGUUAAAGAAACUCCUGGGUCACCUGGAGUCUUUAAAUGAUUUCGAAGAGGGAACUAUAAAGAGUCGUUUAAAGGAGUUCUCUUCGAAUAACGACGUGAAGUUUCCAGUGUUGAUGAAGAUGCUAAGGUCUGUUCUCAGCGGACUGAGUGAAGGUCCUAGCGUGGCUGAAAUGAUGCAUCUGUUAGGUAAGAGUCAGUCGCUGGAUAGAAUAAAAGCUAUUGUUAGGUGA